AUGAAGUUGUCCAGUGCCUUAUUGGCCGCCUCAGUUGGCUUAGCGGUGGCACACAGCGAACGAAGCGAGCACCUCCCAAAGAUCUUGGGGGGGAGGAAGUUCCUCUCGGAGCUGGUAGCAAAGAGGAAAGAGGAUUUUGGGGAGAUUCCCUCCGGCCCGCGGCAUGCCAAUGGGAGAAGCUUGGAACGCCGGCAGGACGAUGGCGAGGAUGACCAAUGCGGGCCGGGGAUCGGGGCUUGCGCUGAUGGGGAGUGCUGCUCUGCCGAAGGAUGGUGUGGAAUAGGUUACGACUACUGCACUGCCCCUGACUGCCAGAUCAACUACGGCUCCGGCUGUGAUGCCAAUCAAAAGCCUGCGGGUCUCGACACAUCUGGGGUAGCACGGCCCAAACUCGGUGAUGCCCUCUACGGAGGUGAGGGUAUCUACGACUGCGUCAACCCCGGUGACAUUGCCAUCACCUUUGAUGACGGGCCGUACCUUUACACCAACGAUUUGCUUGACAAACUAGAGAGCUAUGGGGCCAAAGCUACUUUCUUCAUUACCGGUACCAACAUCGGAAAGGGACAGAUCAAUGACCCCACAACCAUCUACCCUGAGAUCAUCCGCAGAAUGCACGCGGACGGGCAUCAAAUCGCCAGUCACACCUGGUCUCACCAAAACGCCAGCCAGCUCACCAACGACCAAUUCAAGAACCAGAUGAUCUGGAACGAGAUUGCCCUGAACUCGAUCCUCGGCUUCUUCCCGGCGUACAUGCGCCCGCCCUUCUCGAUUUGCGAGGCAAACUGCCAGACCAUCUUGGAGACCCUCGGCUACCAUGCCAUCUACUUCGACCUCGACACUGAGGGCUACCUCCACGAUGAUCCCACCCAGAUCCAGACCAGCAAGGACAUCUGGGACACGGCCAUCAAAGGCGCCGACCCGGAGUCUGACAACUACCUACAGAUUGAGCACGACAUCCACUACCAGACCGUGUACAACCUGACCGACUACAUCCUCACUUCCCUAGUCGCAGCCGGCUUCAACGCCGUGACGGUCGGCGAGUGCCUCGGCGACCCGGUAGAUAACUGGUACCGCGCCGGCCCGGACGGCUCUGUCACCGUGCCCACAACAUCCGUCCCCCUCCCGACCAUCACCGGCCCCGUCGACCCCGGGGAUGGCCCGACCCGCACCACCAUCUCGCUCGAGCCCACCGGCACGGGCACCAGCACCGACGGGAGCUGCGGCCGCGGCGUGAGCUGCCUGGGCACUGAGUGGGGCGACUGCUGCUCCGUGUUUGGCUGGUGCGGUUCGUCGGACGACUAUUGCUCGCCUGACAAGUGCCAGCCCGACUGGGGUACUUGCAGCGGGGGUUCGGCGUCCUCAGUGACGACGACUCCGGCUCCAACAACAUCAAGCACGACCAAGCCCCCGGCAUCAUCCACCACUACCUCCUCCUCCUCCACCACCAGCAAGCCGCCAGCUUCAUCAUCAUCCACCAAAUCCACCUCAACCUCCACCAAACCCUCCUCCACAAAGACCACCACCUCAACCCCAUCCUCCACCGGCCUACCCAUCAGCACAGACGGUACCUGCGGUUCCCGCGCCAACCGCACCUGCAAGGGUAGCACCUUUGGCAAGUGCUGCAGUUCGUCCAACAAGUGCACGUCCAGUUCGCUGUCGUGUAUCGAGUUGCUGGGAUGUCAGCCCAAGUAUGGGACUUGUAGCAGUUGA